AUGGUAGGAACAGAAUUCAAGAAAGAUUGUAAUUGUGAAGAUAGGAUGAGUAUUGUGUAUAGUCAUGCUGUGAAGUAUUCCCAAGAGGUGACAAGAAUGAACCCAGAGAUGGAUUCAAGUGUUGGUCAACAUUGUCACCAACAGAAUUCUGGGCUAAUGAGGUACCGUUCUGCCCCAAGCUCAUUGCUCACAAGCCUUGUGAACAAUAACAAUAACAACAGCAUCAACAUCAACAACAACAACAACAUUGGUUAUGUCAGUGGUGAAGCUUUCGGAAGUGACCACAAUCACCACCAGCAGCAGCAUUAUCCUCCCUCCACAAGUUCUGAAAUGGAGACCAUGUUGGCCAAGUUGAUUUCUUCCAAUGAUUCUGAGCCUUUCCAAGAGUUUGGAGGGAAGCCAGUGAAAGAAGAAGAAGCAGGGGAAUCUAUUUCACAGCCACCACAACAACCCAAUGGUUACACUUAUGGGUCUUCACCUCAGAUAUUGUACCAAACUGAGCAAGUUCAAGGCUUGCCUAUGCCAAAUGGUUCUUUAAGGGCUGCAGGGAAUGGUUUUGAUGGCUCAUUCAGUGCAGUGAAUUGCAUGGGUUCACAAAAUUCCACAGAAACCAAAAUGGGUGCUUCCACCAACUGCUCCAAUCUCAUUAGGCAAAAGAGUUCCCCUGCGGGGUUUUUCUCCAAUUACUCAGUUGAUAAUGCACUGAGAGAUGUGGCGAGUUUUAGGGGCUGUGAUGCAUCAAAUGGACGCGGUAUUACAUCCACUAGUGGGUUGCAUAGUACUUUGAACUUCUCUUCUAGGCCAUCCUCUUGCUCCACCAGGAUGCCAAAGAUUGCUGAAAAUGGAAAUGAAGGUGUGGAAGCAAAUUGUGUUGAAAGUAGAAACCUGAGGAAUGACAAUGGCAACACUAAGUCUUACAUGCCUAGUUUCACCACCGACUUCUGGGAUGGUUCUGCAUUCAGUGCCCCCACAACUGCUAGUAACAAUGGUGAAAUAUCAUUUUCCACUUCAAAUGCAAUGGAUAUUCAGGAUGCAGAUUUUGGAUAUCAAAAGGUUGGUCUGAUCCAUCAUUUGAGUCUUCCCAGCUCUUCUAGUAGAAUGGCUACCAUGGAGAAGUUAUAUCAAAUUCAAGGAGCUGUUCCAUGUAAAAUUCGUGCCAAGAGAGGUUUUGCCACUCACCCAAGAAGCAUUGCUGAAAGGGAAAGAAGAACACGAAUUAGUGAAAGAAUCAAGAAAUUGCAAGACCUUUUCCCAAAAUCAGACAAGCAAACAAGCACAGCUGAUAUGUUGGAUUUGGCAGUUGAGUACAUUAAAGACCUGCAGAAACAAGUUAAGAUGCUCACUGACACUAGGGCAAAGUGCACGUGUGCGAGUAAUCAGAAGCAAUAUUCUAGACCUUGUGCCUGA